UUGGAUCCUCAAUAAGUCAACAAACAGAACCACCUUCAAUUCCUGUCAGCAAAUUUUUCCCUGAUGGCAAAUAUCCUGAAGGUGAAAUAUGUGAAUACAAAAAUGAUAACUUGAAUAGGAUGACGAAUGAAGAAAAGCGUUAUCUUGACAGGAUGCGUUAUGAUGAUUAUAAUGACCUUCGUCGUGCAGCUGAAGUACACAGACAGGUACGGAAAUAUGCACAAAAAACUAUAAAGCCUG